CCAGUCUCGCGUUGAUCGGAGCUGGGAAAGGAGCCGGGUCUCCUAGUUUUUCGAAUAUUCCAAUUGAGGCCUCAGUGACUUCGAGAUUUUUCAACUCAGAAGGAUCUGGCUGGCCUUAAAAUACGGGUGAUAUCACCAGGUCGUCGCCCAUAGAGCUGACUCGAUUUCGACAAAGUGGGUCCUCAUGCGGACGGCCAGAAAUUCAUGGAAUAUACGAUCUGAGUCCCAUAUCACUAACUGGGACCCAAAUGUUUAGGAGACAACGAAGAGGGCAGAAUAUUAUUUAGGAGUACACGAAUCCUAAAAUCGAGGCCCCAAUCGUUAAAGGAGUCAUUCAACCCUUGUACUUAAUUUCGAGAUCGGCUCCGAGGCCUGAACGAAGACUAAAGGAGGGUAUUGAGGCCCAGUGGGGGCAGAAAGGGCAGCUGAGGCGCUUAGGACGGCCCCACAUUGAUUACGAAAGCCUGAAAGAGUUGGACGCAACGCUCACAUCCAAAAAUCAAAUUGAAUAAUAAUAAUAGAUCGAUAAAAAAAAUGUUUAAAGUAGGAGGUCCUGUCAAAGUCUAUCAUCUGCGGACUUUAAAGAUGAAUCAACAGUGCAAGGUCUGCGGCGAGCCCGCUGCUGGGUUCCACUUUGGGGCGUUUACCUGCGAGGGAUGCAAGUCAUUUUUCGGUAGGACCUACAACAACCUCGGGAGUAUAUCAGAAUGCAAGAACGGCGGUGUAUGUGUCAUCAACAAGAAGAACCGGACGGCAUGUAAAGCCUGCAGAUUACGCAAAUGCCUGAUGGUUGGCAUGUCAAAGUCGGGCUCACGGUACGGUAGACGAUCAAAUUGGUUCAAGAUUCACUGUCUUCUUCAGGAACAAACCAAUGGCAGUCAGGGUGGCAGCCCCUCCGGUUUUGGUGCUGGCUUUCUUCCCGGUUUUCUUCCGCCAUCUCACUCAUCGCCGAGUGUCUUCAAAGACAAAGAUCGUGCAUCACCGAGUCAGGAAGAUCUAGCACUACAAUCACACUUGCUUCACGUUGCAAUGCUGAAACAGGAGCGCGAACGAGGCAAUAAGUCACCACAUCCAGACGAUGUUGCACUGCAAAAUCAGCUGAGGUUACUGGCAUGGCAGAAGGAGCGCGAACGGGAAAGAUCCGGUCACCAACAACAACAUCAACCUGGCACCCCACCGAGAGACAGUACACCACCGCCAUUCAGCUACAAGCACCCAACGACCUCACCAAUGUUUCCCGUGAACUUUGCACCCGAGAAAAUGAUUACUCUACCAUCAAGUCCACCAGAGGUCUUCCGGCCGUUUCUACCUGUGUACAAUGGUAGAACAGCGGAUACACCCAGUGAUUCUGGUGCAUCAUCACCAGAUGGUAAUGAUCACGAUGAGUCCCGAAGUAAUUCAGCACUGAGUUUCUUCAAGGUAGCAUCACCAACACUGUCAGAACGUGAAUAUCCACCGAGGAAGAUCAAUGCCACUGUCACAUUGACAACUGGGUAUCAUCCGCAUCACAGUCUUGGGUUGAUUUAUCCACCACCUGGUCUUGUCACACCAGCAGCAUCACAACACUCACCCCGUGGUGGUGAUCUCCUACUCGUCAGCCCAAGUCCUGGUGGUCUGGCUGUCGAACAGGACGAGCCCAUCGACCUCAGCAUCAGGUCGACCAGAAGUUCACCGAGACCUAGUAGAAGUCCAGUUCAGAAUACGGAAACGCGAACUGAGAGCAGGGACAACGUCACCGAGGAGACAACAGCCAAAAGUAAACCUCUUGAUCUUACUUGUGGUGUCAAGAGGCCAGCGGAACUACCACUAUCACUGUGAAUAUUCAGACGUUUUUUUUCAUUAACGUCUGUCAACAUUUUUUUGUGAGAUUCCUGACGAAAAUGGCUGGGCCUGGGUUCAGCAGAAAAUUGUGUUCAAUUUGUACAUAAUCUAUUAUUCAAAUCGCAACGACAAUUAAUUUAUUAUUGAGUAGUUAGAUGAGAGAGUUUUAUUUUGUAUGUUUUAUUAUUAUAUUUUUUGUCCCGCUCUUCCCUUUUAUCUUUAUCAGCUGUCCUUCUAACUACACUAUUGUGUCAUACAAUAUGACACUCCACACCCGAAUCAUAAAAUAAUAAAAGAGGCAGAUGCUAAAGUGCCUUAAUAUAUAUUUAUAUAAAUAAAUUUCCCUGAUCAUGCGAUUGAUCGAUUGGCGAGAAUUUCCCUAUAAAUAUUCGGAAAUUCUCGAGUCUCUGUACACAUUAGACAAUCAAGACUUAGUGUUAAGGACAUUACAGCCAGUAACAUUGGGCACUACAUUAUUUUCAUCUCCAUAAAACAAAAAUUCAUCAACAAAUAUAUCCCUAGCGUAUAAAAAAAAUAUCAAUUUGUAAAUAGGGAAAUCCCCGAAAGUGUAUCGCCCCAAGAGAAUGAAAACUUUUAUAUUCUUGUACAUAAUAGGUUGUAAGAGGUGAUGAUGAGGCCAGUAAGCGACGAAAUAAAAAGAAGUGGAAAUCUUUUUUUUUCUCAA